AUCCCACCAAAGAACAAAAACACAUCACAUACUAAACCACUAGCUUCAUACCUCAAACCCUAAUCUUUUCCUCAAAACUAAUCUCGUCUCUCAAUCUCCUCCUUUGGUUCUAGAUAACAAAGCACACAUGGCUCCAACUUUCCAGCAACAACUCUCUUGUGAGAUAGUGAUUCACCAAGCUAAAAAUGUGGAGGAGUUCAUGACGAUGAACAAGUCAUCCUACAAAUCCAAAGGAAACUUGUUUCUAAGAUGCUAUCUCUCGGCUGGAAACAACAAAAAAAUCCAGCUCGAUACAAACGAGAUCCCGAGUACCAGUGAUAAUCCUUCAUGGAAUGAGUCCUUCUCAUUGGAUUGCUCAGGCACUCAAGAAUCCAUCAAUGCUCUCCAGACAAGCAGUGUGGUUUUCGAGCUAAGAUGGAGAUCGUCAACGGGGAAUACCAUCCUCGGGCUAGGAGGUUCGAAGCUUGUUGGUAGAGCUGAGCUUCCAUGGCAAAGUGUCAUGGAGGCGCCUGGCAUGGAAAUCGAGAAAUGGUUUGUUAUGAACCCAAAGAAGAGUAGCCGCCUUGAUGGUGUCAAGCCUCCUUCUGUGAAGAUUGGCAUGAGGGUUAGACUUCCAAUUGCAAUGGAGAUGAAGAAGAAGAACAGUAGAAAUGAGAAGAUAAGGGAUGUCAAGUAUGAGUGUGCAUGUCAUAGACAUAGUGGUGGCUGCAAUUUUUGUGAAGGUUAUGAUGUACUUGCCCUAGUGGCUGCUUUUGAAGCACUAUAAUAUUGUUAAUAAAGAUGAAAGAGAGAAAGGAGCAGUGUUAAUUAACAUUGCAACUAUUUUCCAUUUGGUUUUGAUAAAUUCUGUUGAACCUCUUCAAUUUCAGUUCAAUUAGAACGACUUCUACUCUUCUAGUCUAUUUUGAUGAGCAAUUAUUGAUAAGUGAAUGAGAUAUCUUCUAGACAAGAAUUACGUGCGAUUUUCCCUAUUAUGAACUAGGGGUGAAUCUUGUACAAAUACACAUGCAAAAACAUUCAUCGAGGGCCAAAUCGCCUCUUCGUACAAACACUAUCCUUUAUUUUUUUACCAAGAAAGAAAUACUUGGCCAAUAUGGGGAAUCCUAAAAGAAAAUAUAUCCAUUAAAAAAUUUUACACGGUCCCAUGGAUGGUUGAAUUUGACGAUGAAAUAUAACUUAUUUUCCACCAAACAAUAGUACUAUAUGCAGUAUUAUUUUUAAUAAUUUGAAUGACUAAUUAAUAUAAAUGACUCAAAAUUGAUUGUCUCACAAAUGUGGUACUCUGAAGAAGGUUACAUGUUGGGAAUUCAGCGUGCAACUUAUCACAUCCCUUUGGAAUUGGAGGUAGGAGCACAAAAGAGGUAUGACGAGGUUCUCAAGCAAAAAUAAUAUGGUUGUGUUCCAAAUAAGGCUUGAUAAGGUGA